GUUAACCCAAGUGGGCCGCACGACUGUGCGCAUGCCUGUGAGGGAGUGAGUUCUUCCCAGGACGUGCACGCGUACACGUUCUCGCCAGUUAGCAAGCUGUUGGAGUCACACACACCUUUCUUCGAAGACUGUCGACCAAACUCGGUUAUUUGAAACAAACCAAAUUCGCUACCAUGGCAAAGGGAUGCAUCACAGUCAUCAAGUACUUUCUCUUCCUCUUCAAUCUCAUUUUCUUUGUCUUUGGAGCGUUGAUCAUGGGCUUUGGACUAUGGGUUCUAUUUGAUAACCAGAGUUUCAUCGCUGUUUUACAGGAAUCGUCAGACACGGUGAAAGUGGCUUCCUACAUCUGCAUCGGAGUGGGGUCCUUGUCAAUGGCCAUGGGCUUCUUCGGCUGCAUUGGGGCCAUCUAUGAAAUUCGUUGUCUUCUUGGUCUGUACUUCACCUGUCUGCUGCUCAUCCUUAUCGCCCAAGUGACCGCCGGAGUUCUCAUCUACUUCCAAAGAGAUCGGUUGAAACAUGAAAUGUCCAACAUCAUCCAAGGCAUGAUCGUCCACUACACUGGCCAGAACAAAACCACAGAGCACACUUGGGACUACAUCCAGAGGACGAUGAAGUGCUGUGGGUGGACGGGGCCUGGCAACUGGUCUGACAAUCUGCUACUCAAGAACAGCUCCCAGCAUCUCUAUUCGUGUUCCUGUCGUAAUGAGUCCUUGCCCGGCACUGACAUCAAGGUGGAGGGCCUGUGCGAGCACCUGUCCUCUGAUCUUCCCGUCUACCAAACGGGGUGCAUGACCAGUGUGGAGAAAUGGCUUCUGGAGAACUGCGGCGUUAUUCUGGGAAUCUGUGUCGGAGUGGCGGUCGUGGAGCUUCUUGGGAUGAUCCUCUCCAUGUGUUUGUGCAAGAGUGUUGUCCAGGAAGAUUACACCAAAGUACCCAAGUACUGAAGUGCCACUCACACAUACGGACAUGUGUACGUCCCUCUCUCGCUUCCUAUCUCACAUUCCUAUGCGCUCGCACGCACGCACGCACGCACACACACACACACACGCACACACACACACACACACACACACACACACACACCCACGAAGGCAGAAGUCUCCUGCAUUCGAGCUUCUCCUGCCUUCUUGACAGUUGGGCAGAUUUCUCACAUCCUCAAACACGAAAAGUUUGACACACUUGUCAGCUAUUGUUCACAUUUCUGCCAUUGUUGUCUUAUAAUAAUAAUAAUAAUUGUUAUGAUUAUGUAUUUUUAAUGGAGACUGUGAGACUGUUUCUUAUUUUCGGGGGUGGAAGGUUAUCCAUUUGAAAGGAUGCAAACACUCAAGUACAAGUACGAUUUAAAAAAAAAAUGUUUUCUUUGGUAUUUCCUUCUGUUGACCUCAAUGAAGCGCUUAAAAGACUAAAAGAGAGUGAGAGAAAGAGCACUUUGUUUAGAUUUGAUGGAGCCGAGACGCUGGAGACAUUCCUCACCUCAGAGCACCAAGAUGAGAGAGAGUGAGUGGGCGUGUGUGGAUGUUGAUGCCAUUCAGACCCUGGAGCUUCUACUCCCGCCGCCACCGGGUGGAGGAGGGAAAAAAAAAGCCUGAGGCAGGGCUGCUGCGGUGGAGAUCUUAGGUUCGAAUUCCGCCAAUUCCUUGUAAACCUGCGCCUCUCCUCUUUAAUCCCAGCAGCCUCCUCCGCCCUUGCUCAUGAUAGAUUCGGCAUUCCUCUUGAGUGUGUCUGACUGGUAAUCGGGAGUUGUAUUUAUGAGUUUUUUAGGUUUUUGUGUUUAUUUUCUGCAACGGCCCAUUUCACAGGUAGACAACUCUUGUUUAACACGUAGCAUACAUGUAUUUAUCGUACUGGUAAUUUUCUUGUUUUGCUCUUUGUUUCAACAAAAGUAUUGUUGUUUUCUAAAUGUUGCUGUUCUCUUAUGUUGAUGCAUUUCAAAUAUGUUAUUGCUUCAUCUACCAAAUUGUAACAUUAAUGUAACUUAAAUGAAAUGGGUUUUUACUAUUUUCAAUCUUUUUUUACACUUUGAAAAAAAAGCAACAGUAUUUCCCCCCCAAAGUUGAUGUGGAUUAUUAAAACAAGUGUAUUUUUUUUUUGUUACGACGGAAAACUGCAAUUAAAGGGGAAUCCACGA